AUGGCCACAGUAUUAAGAAGAAUUAUUAAUACAGCCAAAGCCCCUGCUGCCAUUGGGCCUUACAGUCAAGCUGUGGUUGUUGACCGGACAAUGUACAUCUCAGGACAGCUGGGAAUGGACCCUGUGAGUGGUCAGCUGGUUGAAGGAGGCGUACAAGCUCAAACUAAACAGGCCCUUGUCAACAUGGGGGAAAUCCUCAAAGCUGCAGGUUGUGGUUAUGAAAAUGUUGUGAAAACAACCGUACUUUUGGCCGAUAUGAAUGACUUCACAAAUGUCAAUGAUAUCUACAAGCAAUUCUUCAGCACCAACUUCCCGGCCCGAGCUGCUUACCAGGUCGCUGCUCUUCCCAGGGGAGGACUUGUUGAAAUUGAAGCCAUUGCUGUUUUGGGACCCUUUAAUGAAGCUUCGUAA